GGUAUCAGUGACAUCAGCAGUGAUGACAUCACUCUAUGAUACCACAAAGGAGUCUCUCUCUUGAAUGUAGCUCACAGACAGAGUUUUCUCAGACCUGUUCCUCGGUUCAAUCGCAGCAGAUCACUUUUCAGAGAACGUUCGAAAUAUUACACGCCUUUCAGAGUAGCAAAUAUUUACCAGAAAAUGGACAUGAAUCAACAACAGAUUGUUAGCGAACAUGAAGCUUUUCCAGCUGAGCUUUCAUGGCUCGACAUGAUGGACCUCAACAUCCAAGUCGACUACGACGAAGUCAUUUCUUUCGAAGAUGACGGCGACAGCCCCAUUAAACCGGAGGACGAAUCAGCAGAGAUCAAGGGGGAAUCCGGUCCUUCCGGUGACUCUGACAGUCCAACAUCGUUGGAAGUCAAGCAGGAAACAACUCCCUCUGCUGGCUUCGAGGUUUCCCCCUCGGUGGAAGUCUUGGAAGAGAAAAACCAACACAUCGCUGAUCUCAAAAAGCAGGUAGGCAAUCUUAAGAGAGAAUUGCACAGAACAAUUAUUGAUCUCGAUGUGGAAAGAGAUCGAAGGUUUGAGUAUGAGGCUGAAGUCCAAGCACAGCAGGAGGAGAUUCAAAAACUGAAAAAGAUGUUAGAGAAAGAACGUCACCUGCAAGCCCAACGUGAACAUGAAAGAAACGAGGCAGAGAUUAAAGAAGUGUCAAAAGUUUCUUCCGCUUCCAAAGUUACAACGGACGAGAGCCUACUUCAGCAGCUGGAUCACUUUAAGAGGGAGGCUGAAAAAUACGCCUCCCGGAACAAAGGUUUGAUUGAAGUAAUGGUGGAAGAAUACAAGGUGAGGCUUAAAUACGAGGAGGAGCUCAAAUGUUACACUGAGCAAGCUUCCAAAUGCAAAGCACAGGAAGAAACGAUGAAAUCUCUGCAGGAUCAGGUGGCAGACCUGAAGGAGAAGUUGAAACAUGCUCUGGAAAAUAACCAUACAAGAGUUUCCAACCAACCAGAUGCCCCCCUGCAGACAGAAGGCUCCCUACAAACAGAGGAGUCCAAACAAAGACAGACCUCCAAUCCACCAGGGGUCUCCCAUAGCCUGGCUCGGCCUUUGCACCAACCCACACCCAGGUUUCAAUCAGAGGAGUCCAGGCAAAGUCAAACCUCCACGCAAUCAUGGAGGUCCGAGGAAAGACGGGUGUCCAUGCGACCAACCUCCUCUGGUCACAUGGAGGGCCUUCAUGUCGGCGUUGGUGUGAUGGCCAGUCUUUGCCCGGCUCGGCCAUUACACCGACCCACAACCAGGUGGUAUUAACCUAGCUCCCUCUGCAGAUGACUCCCUCACGCAGCUCUCUGGUAAUCAGUGCACAUCCUGUUUGUGAGGAAGGG